GGGGGUUUUGGUUUUGGCUUUUUUUCCUGCUGCAGCCAAACUCUUCAGCUGUCUCAGAUGCUCUCGCUCUCCGAGGUGACUCCUCCUUUUUCUGGUGUGGGAUUGGGGCAGUGCUGUGCUGAGCAUCUCCCACAGCUUUGUUAGUGGUCCUUAAGGUGUUCAGGAAUACAAUCCACCGCCAGGUUACAUUAAAAUCAUCAUUACAAGUCCUUCCCCUGCAGGGCUGCUGGGGAUUGGUUGUGCACAAUGAGCACAGGUUGUGCACCAGUGAGAGGGAUUUGGCUUCGUUAGCACCUGUUGAUCAUCUGAAGCUUUGGGCCCCUUCCAGGGGGCAGGUGACGUCCCUGCAUGGCUUUUCCCUGCUGUGCAUCAUUAUCCUUUUGUUGUGAAUGUCUAUUUUGAAUAAAACGGGUGCUAAGAGGACAACAGCAAGGCGAUGCUUGUAGAAACAGCAGGAUUUGGAGCACGGGGGGGGGGGGACGCAGUUGGGUUUUGUCACCGUGACCCGGGGCAGGGCUGCGCUCACUGUUCUUUGUGCAGUGCAGAGCAGGAGCACUGGGUGACGAGGAGCCUCGCACAGCUCUGGCUGCUCAGUGCUCUGCUCGGUGCUCGGAAUAAAGGCAGCGGGGGUGGAUUGCGUGCAGUUCCUCCGCCCCGGACCAAAGGGAUCUUUGGCGCAACACAGAACUUGUUUGUCCAACCUGCUGGAGGGGUUGGGUAACCCCCGCUGGGAGCGGGUAAGUUGUGGGCGUUUUGAUGCUUCCUGUUCCAAAAAGGUGCCUGUGUGAUGUGCCACGCUGUGAUUAAACCAUUUAUACUGCCUGAACAGAGAGCCCGAAGGGGGUAGAUGUGAACCGAUGCUGAAAUGGCAUCGUUCUGGUUAAAAGCACUCGCUCUGUUGCGAGGUACGUAGCAGGUGGGGGUUGUGCUACUUUUGGGUCAGGGUUCUGCUGGAGGACUGCUGGUGCCAGGCAGCAGCAUUCCACGGAGCAGCGUUGUCUGACGCUGCCUGCAAGGGGCUCCGUGUGCCCCCCCAGUGCUGCACGCUCACUGCUCGCCUCCGCGUUUGGUUUCUGCAUGAAUGCUUUCUGCUGCCCUAGGCUGUUAUCCUCUCGCCCUUCCCACAGCGGUUCAUCUGACACCAGAGAGCUCCCAAUGAGAGACAGAAUGAGAGAGGAGUGGUGAAGCAGCCUCCAGCUCAGGGAGAGGCUUGCAGGAACCCACAGAGCCGGCCGGCAUCUCUCUGCCCGCCCUCGAGGAUGCCGAGGAAGCCCCGCAGUCAGUGGUGCGGAGGGAGCGCUGCUGGGAUGUCAUCUAUGUGUAUGCAGUCAGUUCUGCUUGAAAGGGAGAAAUUGGGUCUGCAGUGCUCUUGCUCGUAUCUCUGGAAACCGAGAUAAGGGUAAUUGGAGCUCAGGCUUUGAGGCACAAAUGGUGUCUGUGGGAGCGGGGGGGAGCAGCCCCCCUGCAUGAGAUGUCAUUCCAUGGGGACUGAGGCUGAGAAGUGCUUCUGGGCAGCGUGUGGCCGUGCUCGAUCCGACUGUGCCAGUCCAUGGAGCUGUAGGGAUAAGGUAACGGCCAGUGCCAGCAGCCAGAGGCAGUAAGGGAGUGUUUCGUGGCAGCGAGGUGUUCAGAUGGGAUUUGCCCUGAGCUGUGGUGAGGGGGACUGUGGCCAUGGGGUCCUCCCCCCAGCGCUGUGUUACCCGUGGUGCACCAGGCUUCUCUUUGUACAGGACGUGCUGAGCAUUGCAAAUCCGCUCACCUCUGUUGUUUCUUCUUCUCCUCGCUGGUUUUUUUGGGCGUGAAGGACACAAAUUCUUUCCACGAUGAUCCUUUAGGUCACUUCCAACCCACGCCAUGCUGCGAUUCCGUGACUCUCCAGCACUUUUCCUCUGAACACCUCAGAGCCCUUUGCAGUCCGUUUCCUCCCAGAGAAGCCAGCCUUGUGCUGCUCUGUUGAAGCAGACAGCAGCGUGCCGAGGUGACGCUCCUCCUCACAAAGCAGAGCAGGAGAAGAACCAGGAAUAGAUUCCCAGAAACCUGUGUCAAGUCCUUCAGCACUGAGUCAUCGCCGGGCAACCCCGCAGGCUGCUGCGUGGGCAGAAAAAGGGAAAAUUGAAGUGAAUUUCUCACUCAAAGCCUGAACUUUCUGGAAGAGCCUGGCAGAGGCUGCCCCGGCAGGACAGCCCACCGGAAUUUGGGGUGGCUCAACCCAAACCAAUGUCUUUGGGGCACCCCAGCGACGCAGCACGGAGGCUCAGGGCGUUUCUGCAGGUUGAGGGGAGCGUGUAUGAUCUGCUGGGGUUGUCUGCUGAUGGGAGGAUGAUCUGUGUGUGCUGAUGCACGUGGCUUUGCUGGACCCGACGAGGUUCUCCUGGCCCUGCUGAACGGCGUCCCGUCCUUCAGGUCUGCUAACCGCUGUAACCAUGUUCAGCAAGAAGAAGAAACGCAUUGAGAUCUCCGCGCCCUCCAACUUCGAGCACCGCGUCCACACCGGGUACGACCAGCAGGAGCAGAAGUUCACGGGGCUGCCACGGCAAUGGCAGGGCAUCAUCGAGGAGUCUGCCAAGAGGCCCAAGCCCCUGGUGGACCCCGUGUGUAUCACAGCCAUCCAGCACGGCUCACAGAAGACCAUCGUACGGGGCACCAAAGCCGCCAAGGACGGCUCACUGACCUGGCUGCUGGAUGAGUUUGAGAACAUGUCCGUGUCCCGUUCCAAUUCUCUGCGCAGGGACAGCCCCCCCUUCCCGCCCCGGCGUGACCAGCUCUGCCAGGAGAACGGCCUUUCCGAGGACGUUGGCCGCAGCAAGGAGAAGAGCUGCCCCGCACCCCGUGGCGAGCCCGACCGGGGCAAGGAGCGACCCCGCGAGCGGGACCCGCAGCGGCCCCGAGGGCAGGAGCCCGGCCCUAGAGCCGGUGGCCGCCCACCCCCUCCCGAGUACCCCAGGCCCCCCCCCGAGCGGGACGGCCCCGCCGACAGGGACUGCAGCGAGCGGGACGAGCGCGUGGUGCGGCGGGAGCGCGCCGAGCCCUGUGACAAGCGGCCCAAAUCCACCUACGGCAGCGAAAGCAGCCCGCAGUCCCCCCGGGACAAACGCCCACUCUCCGGGCCCAAUAUCCGGACUCCCAACAUCCCCGUGUCCGAAGGGGUGAUGAAGACGGCUCAGCAGACGGGACGACCCUUUAAUACCUACCCGCGGGCUGAGACCGACCCCGUCCGGGGUGCAGGUGCACAGGCUGAGCCCCGGCCAGGCCGACCGCAGGAGGCAGCACCUAACGGGCCAGUGAGCGGCACCGCCGGCUCCUCCCGAGCCCAGCCCCCCGGCCCGCCCCGCUCCAAGGUCCCUGAGCCCCCCACAGGCCUCACCCCACACGCCUCCGAGCCCCACCUGGCCCGCCCGCCGCAGCCUGGCCCCCCACCCCCUGCUGUUGGCCCACAGCAGCCCCGCUCGCCCCAGCGAGAGCCCCAGCGCGUCUCCCACGAACAGUUCCGGGCAGCUCUGCAGAUGGUGGUGGAUCCAGGAGACCCCCGCACCUAUCUGGACAACUUCAUCAAGAUAGGGGAGGGCUCCACUGGCAUCGUCUGCAUCGCCACCGUGAAGAGCAGCGGCAAGCUGGUGGCCGUCAAGAAGAUGGACCUGCGCAAGCAGCAGCGGCGUGAGCUGCUCUUCAAUGAGGUGGUGAUCAUGCGGGACUACCAGCACGAGAACGUGGUGGAGAUGUACAACAGCUACCUGGUGGGCGACGAGCUGUGGGUGGUGAUGGAGUUCCUGGAGGGCGGCGCGCUGACCGACAUCGUGACGCACACCCGGAUGAACGAGGAGCAGAUUGCAGCCGUCUGCCUGGCCGUGCUGAAGGCGCUGUCUGUGCUGCACGCGCAGGGUGUCAUCCACCGCGACAUCAAGAGCGACUCCAUCCUGCUGACGCACGACGGCAGGAAAACACCAGCAACACAAACGCCAAAGGUGAAACUCUCUGAUUUUGGGUUUUGUGCCCAAGUGAACAAGGAGGUGCCGCGGCGGAAGUCGCUGGUGGGGACCCCGUACUGGAUGGCACCGGAGCUCAUCUCUCGCUUGCCCUACGGCCCAGAGGUGGAUAUCUGGUCCCUGGGAGUGAUGGUGAUCGAGAUGGUCGAUGGGGAGCCGCCCUAUUUUAACGAGCCACCGUUAAAGGCCAUGAAAAUGAUCCGAGACAAUCUGCCCCCCAAACUGAAGAAUGUGCACAAGGUCUCCCCCUCUCUCAAGGGCUUCCUGGACCGCAUGCUGGUGCGGGACCCGGUGCAGCGGGCCACCGCCAAUGAACUCUUGAAGCACCCUUUCCUGGGCAAGGCGGGCCCCCCCUCCUGCAUCGUGCCCCUCAUGCGCCAGAACCGCAUGCGGUGAGGGGCCCCACCGCCCUCCUCACUGCCGCCUCUAACUGGAUUUGUGACUGUGCCGCUACUGUGGGGGCACUGGGGGGGCCUGGCCCCCCACACCGUACUACUGAGUCGGGAGUGUGCAGGGAGGGGGGAAGCCGGCAGGGACGGCAGCGUGGCCACGCGAUGGCACCGGCCCUGUUCCUACUCCUUCCCUGCAGAGGCUUUGGGACCGGGGGCUUCUCCUGACUGCUCGGGAUCUGAUGUUAUCACCACUCUGGGAUCCCUUUGGGCCAUCUCAACUCAGUUCCCCCCCACCCCCCCAUUUUUCUUUUUUUUUCCCCCUCUUAAAUCUCCUUCUAUCCUUCUCUGGCCCUAGGGGCAGGCCGCUGCCUGUGCCCUGCGGGAGGGACGUGUCCUCCCCCCCAACACUACAGCCCCACGGCCACACUACUGAUCUGGGUUCCCCUUCCCCCCCCCCCCCCCAACACUUUUUUGUUUCUGUUUUGUUUUUUAACAAAGCUAUUUAUAUUGUCGUUUUGUAAUGCCACCGUGCUGGAGUGCCCCAGGGCCGCUAUGGGGCCCCCUGGAGAUUACACGUGUCCUUUUGGAGA